CCAACGGUAAUGUUUAUCGAGUGGAAUGAUUACAUUUUCUACGAUCGCUUAUCGCUUUGAAUGCGUUGCCUCUGUAGAGAUACUUUAUUUUAUUAUUUAUCAUCAGCGGAUACUUAAUACCGCUUGUUCAUGCAUUUUCAAUACAUCGAUUAAAGAUUGUUUUUCGGGAUGAAAAAGGAAGAAUUGUUCAUGCUGCAUCCUAAUUGCAGAAUGUGUAUCAUAUUUACUGUGCUUCAUUUAAAGCACCGGGAGCUGUUUACCCGGAAUGCAAUCUGUAUAAAAUAAUCUGCAUUUGUAAAUUAAUUAAUAUCUCCCGGAUGUUGGUUGGGAUGGUAUGCUUCACGGAAGAAACGAAGCGACAGUCACAGAAACUGCUUCCAAGCGAGCUGGAUGGAACGCACACGAGAUUCCCCUUUCCCACGAAUGGCGUUGCUUCCAGGCUGGUGAUGAGCUCUCUGGAGCGUACCCACGACUUCGAUCCAAUUAUUGAAAGUCCGAUUCCGACUCCGAAAAAAUGGGAAUCACUAGUUCCGACCGGAGUCGACUAGAGUCGUCCAGUGUCGCCAGGAGACAUGCGGAUCGCAGUCUUUCGGAGUCGUAGUCGUUCGGAUAGGAGUCUUUCGGAGUCGAUCGGAGUCAGAGUCAUCCCGAGUCGGUAGUAGUCGUCCGCAGUUGUUCGGAGUCGCGUUCUGAAUCGUUCGGAGUCGUCCGGAGUCGCUGAGAGUCGUCCAGAGUCAUCCGAAGUCAUAGUCGUCCGGAUCGCAGUUUUUCGGAGUCGUAGUCAUCCGGAGUCGUCCGGAGUUGUCCGGAGUCGUUCAGAGUUGUCCAGUGCAAUGUGCUUGUGAUGUUUUUUGUCUUUCACUUUGUGCACUUCGUUUACAGGCUCACUCCAGGCGAUUCCUGACGACUUCGAGCGACUCUUGAUAAUGCUGAACGGACCUACCUUCCAGGAGUAGGUUCCGACAUUUUAGAAGUCGGAUCGGAGAUGUCUCCGGAUUUUUGCCAACUUUACCCAUCACUGCUCCGGACUGUUUGAUUGGGAAAGCUUCAGAAGGCAACGAAAUUUCCACUUCACACACAUGCCUUUGCUAAUAAAUCCUUCCCUAGCACACAGACGCGGGCACAGUUUUCCCUCCGCGGAAUCUGUAAUUGAAUUCGGAAGAUGGAAGUGAAAGCUCACCAAACAAGCGCAGCGAUCCAAAAGGAGAGACUUACUAGUGGUGGUGGGACAUGGUUUGCACUAAAACCCUGCUGAGAGUGUAAACAACUUGUAGAUGCAUCCCCGUGGCACCACCAGCAAGAAGGAUGCUUCUCCUGGAAGAUGGAAAAUCGAUAACCAACUGAGCUGAGAUUGCAUGUGUCUUGCUCCGUUUUUGGUUGGAAGGCGCGGACUAGUGUGAGUGGGUGUGUAAGACACGGAAUGUUUUGAAGUCGAAGAGAUAGAUAGCACAACAACAACAUCACGUCUUCCCCCCACGUCACCACCCUGCUGGACUUCAAAACACUCAGUGCGGCGGGGAGGUGAGUACGUUAAGUGCAACACGUGUGUGUGCAUAUGUGCAACUCCCCCAAAUAAACAAAACGGUGUUUUGUUCGUGCUUCUAGCGCAUCUCAAACCCACAUAGACAGACUACCACACGCAAACAAACAGCCCAACAGAGGAUACACGGUGCGUUUGCUACAGGGGAGGCACAUAUGUUUUUAAAUGUAUCGGAUUGUUUUUUUUUUUUGGAAAAUGAUUUUUAGAAAUAGCUCAUCUUUACUCUCUAUCCCAAACGAAUGCAAGUGUGUAUGAUUGGAUUGCAAAUGAGCAAAAUAGGUUCCGAAGGCUGUUACGAAAAUAUGUCCAAUUGGAUUUGUACGGGUGCGUAAGCUCACUUCUACACGCUCACAACCCAGUGAGCUGCAAACAUAAAACUUUAACUUUGUAGAUUAGGCUUACAAAGCGUCGCCAGUACAGUACUUCUGUCGUUUGUUAAAAAUACAUUACACAAGCAGUAGACAUGUGCGGUACAUGGGAUGGCUGGCUGGAGGGUGCAGUACAAUAGAACGCGAAAAACAGGUCGCAAGUAGCUAUAAAUAGUACACAGUUUGUUAGAGCUUCACCGGUUAGCAAGAAGGGACCCAAACCACUCUCGCUGUGCCUUGAUUGUGCUUGUUACGGCAGUUUUUAAAGACGUAUGGCAUUUAAGCUAGCUACAGCUACUUACUAACGAAAUAUGGCAGCUGCUGGUACGGGCCAGCAGUAGAACACGUGCGCGACCCCAGGUACGGUAAAGGACUCCCGAAGUGCUCAAAAUCCGACCGUGUGCAAGCAACCCGAAAGGCCCGAGAAAAUGUGUAAAAUACGGCGAUCGUUUUUCUUCUUCGAGAUCAGCCUCCCGGAGCUGGUCACCCGGUCACUCUCCAACCUCGAGCUGCCCAGCUGCCGCCUGCCCUGUCCCAACCUUAUACCACGCCCGGCCGAGGUACCGACCACACCGGAGCACAAAUCGGCCGCCAGCUCCAGCUGCUCGCUGUCCACGCUCGAAACGCAAACGGCGACCGCCGGGGCAUCGGUCCAGUCGUUGCCCAUCGCGAUCGCCACCGGCGCAACCAGCAGCACCGUCUCGCUGACGUACGAAGAUGAGCUGUCCCCCGGUGGCUCGGCACGCAGAAAAACCAAACCAAACUCUCCGCUCGGGUCCCUGCUGGCUGCGGUCACCUCGCCCGUGCUGAGCCGCAUCUCGAGCGCCAGCUCGCCGAACCUGUCCAGCAACGGUUCCACCUUAUCGUCCCCGUCCGGCAGCCGGAUGGAGUAUCUACUGCCCCACCAGCAGCAUCCGCCCGGUGCAGGGGUGCAGGGUGCGGGACCCAUUCCCUCCCAGCAGAAGCACCAGCAGCAGCAGCAGCAGCAGCAAUCGGUACUGCUGCCCAAGCACUGUACCGCACGGCAACAUUCGCCCAAGAUUGUGAAGAAAACGCGCCACCUAUCCACCAGCUCGGCCGACGAGCCGGACGCGUGCGACAGGAAGGCGGCUGGUGGUGGUGGCGGCGCCGACAAACUGUCCUCGAGCCGUCACGUGGAGGCGGAAAGAAAUGCGCGCAAUGCACAGCAUUUGCUGCUGCGUGCGAACCGGCUCACCGUGAGCGAUAAUCAUAAUUUAAGCAACAGCGGAAGUGGCAACACGGCCGGUACCAUCAUCACACCCGCCACGACCAACUCGGUCGAUGUGCUGGCGGUUCACAAUGCGAAAAGCGUUUCCCCGCUACCAUCGUAUACGCAGCAGCAGCAGCAGCAGCAGCAGCAGUCGGCAGCAGCACCACCGUCCUACUGGAAGCAGAAGAAGCUCCCGACCAAGAAGCAGCACAAGCAGCUGCAGGCGCAACUAGACAAGCUGACCCAAAUUAACAUCCAUCUGCAUGCACUCUUCUCCGCCGUCGAACAUGGCCACCUGGAAAAGGCACGCACCAUCCUGGAAAGCACGGACGUGGACGUGAACAGUCUCAACAGCGACGGACUCACGCCGCUGGACGUGGCCGUGCUCAGCAACAAUCGUUCGAUGACGAAAAUGUUGCUGCAGCAGGGUGCCAUCGAAAAUGCACACUCGGUGCACGCGGCCAACAGCAACAUGGGACUGCAUCUGAACAAUCUGCUCUGCGAUGCCGAAGCGACCGUGCACGAGCUCGGGAACUUUGACGGCAGCCAGGCGGGCGGACUGGCCGGCAGCGAGCGGACCGGCACCGGGACCAAUGCAGGCAAAACCACCUUCUCCAACAUCAUCGGUAGCAGCGGCCCCUCGGUGACGAGCUGCACCGGAAGCGAAAUCGACAAGCAGGUGGGGCUGUGGGAGCGCCGCGUCAAGGGUCUGCGGCGGAUGAUACUCGGCUGGGAGCAAACGAAACCGCCCGAUGUGCCGAACCGGAUCGACAUCGACGUGACCGGGUGCAGUGCGGUCAGCUUGCGGUUGUACGAACCGCUCGAAGGUGCCAUAACUACCAAAUUCAAAGUGCAAUGGUCAUCCCGGUCGGACUUUAGCAACGUGGUGGGCGAGCGCGAAAUCAGCGAAUGGUGCAGCUUCCACGGGUGCAUGGGUGCGGUCUGCAAUCUGAACGAGCUGAUCCAGGGCCGGCGCUACUUCUUCCGCGCCUGUGCCGGCAACGUCAAGGGCUGGGGACCGUACAAACUAUCCGUCCCGAACUGUGUCGUACCGUCGAGCUGGCGUGACGUCGAGAGCCGAGACAAUCGAUUCGCGGGCAAGCAGCGCAAUCUGGACGAGCUGUUCAACGCGGUCCGGUUGGCCCGGCCCGAGGAUGCGUCCGAGAUUGCGCUGGACGGUGGGCAGCAGCAGAAGCGGGCGACCAAGAAGAAAACCACCAUCAAGCAGCUGUUUUCGGCAGCGUCCAAGUUUCAGAAGAAUCUCAAACGGGGCAUCUAUUUGGCUUGCGUCCUGUACCACGAGGAUAAGCUAUUGCUCACCAACGAAGACUUCGUGCCGGUAAUUGAGAUUGAUGAAACCUUCACCAGCAAUUUGCACACCGAUUUCUACUGGCUGAUGAAGGUGGCCUGCACGUGGGACGACGUGAAGCUGCUGCGAAUGGACAUGGAACGGAACGCGUCGUCGGCGAUCCACUUCCGCACGAAGCUGCUGUCGGCCGCCUGUCAGAUGCAAUCGGCUCUCUCCAUUACCGAUCUGGGGCAACUGUUCUAUCGCCCGCUACGAGACGUCCACGGCACGGUGGUACUGUCCUGUGUAAACUGUAUUAAGAGCCCUAAAGCGGUAUCGGUGCUCAACUCCCGAUGGAUACCGCUGAACAAAAUCCACAAAAAGCUCGCCCUCUCGACGGAGGAGAGCAGCAUCAACGAAAUUCUAAUGAACUCCAUCCAGGAACAGAUCAACUACCACCAGGUGUCGAACAUCAGGCUGUCGAGGGGCCUGUACGUCGGCUACCUCAAGAUGCAAAGCUCGGUGGACGUCAUCCAGGUGGUGGUCCCGGUGAAGGCACCGAACGUUCUUCCGCACUGUAAAAUACGCGACAAUCCGCACGUGUCGGCCGAGGAAUGGGAACUGAUCAAGCAGCACAAACCCUCCACCAUACUGGAGUUCCGGCCGAAGCAUCAGGGCCCGAGCGAGGUGCAGCUUCACUUUCUCGAGAUGCUCACGAAAGCCGUCCACAAUCUGUUCCAGUACAUGGACAUCCCGGUCGAUGUGGCGGUCGCCCAUCGGCUGUACGACGUCGAGGUGAUCGAGCUGAACGCGGACGUUAGCUUCCUGAUCAUUUGCCCGCCGGCGGAAAGUAGCUGCGCCGUGCCGGGGCAGAAGGAAAGCUUGCUGCAGCGCGGCGACCUCUUCUCGAUGCCGAUCCAGGCGUUCGAGAUGAUCCAUCUGAAGACGUACCAGGGCAGCAUCAUACAGAAGUACUCGCGGCUGUCCUGCAUCCUCGAGCUGGACACGAUGCUGGCGAACCAUCUGCACCGGGAGGCGUUCAGCAGCUCGGAGCUGCAGAAGGCGAAGGACCGGCUGGCGAAGCUGCAGGAGCUGUCGGGCGGCCUGAACACCAUCUGGAAGGGCGUGCGCUGGCUGAUGGAUGUGAUCGGGUAUGCGCGCGACCGGGCCAACAUGCCCGAGCUGAACAUGAAGCAAAUACUGGACUACAAGGCGGCAUACUUUGGCAAGCUGCCGAAGCAUCAGCACCAGCAGCAGGCCAGCGACGAUCAGAAGAAGAAGGGUGGCAGCGAAACGCAACUGCUCCAUCCGCCCGGCACCGCGCCGAACAGCUUCCACAAGAGCAGCCCGGGCAGGGGGUCGUGGCCGGGCCCGGCCGUCGAGAACACGCUCGGCCACAACGGACUGCUGGACGCGGAGCACUCCAAGUCCGAGCAACUGCUGAAGUACAACAGCGCCCGGUUUCUGAACGUUAGCCAGGCGGGCUCGCGCAAAAACAGUGCCGACUCGAACUCGGUCGCGACGCACAGCAGCUACUACUCGGUGACGGGCGUCGAGCCGGAGAAGGAGUUUGUCGUGAUGCCCCGGUUGCCCCCUUCCAGGUCGGAAGAUACGCUCAACAGCUCCCAUCUGCACCAUCAUCUGCACCACGGCCACCACCAUCAUCAUGGUGGCGAGGGAGGUAAAGCGAUCGGUCCGGGUGGUGCGAUGGGAGGAGCCGGUGCCGGAGGAGCAGGAGGAGCAGGUGGAGGAGCAGGUAAGAAACGGCCACCUACCAUCUACUCCAGCUACUCGGCCACCUCCAGCCCGCUGUUGAACGUUCGCUCGCCGUUUCUAGUGCCGAUGGGACCCGCCAACGCCGCCCCCAGCAGUCCGGCCGGCGUUCUCGUCGCAAAAGUUCCACCGGUCGCGGUAGAAGAUAUUGAAAACUCCAAACAGCAGCCACCCGUGCAGCAGACGGCGGCGACCAGUGCUGCAGCCGGAACGGGACAGCAGCCUUCACUAACGACGGGCGGGGCCGUGCCGUUCAAACUGCUGACGAAGAAAUCGCGCGAUCAAGCACUGAAAGCGAUCAACUUCAUCGAACGGGAGCAGCAGCAGGAGAUGGAAAUAUUUGAAGAGACGAAACCCAUCCUCACGACCACGUACCUUAAGCCCACGCUAGCAGCGCUGCAGAACGAAGCCAAAUCCUCCUACCAGCAGCAACCGGACAGCGGUACCGAACAAGCUCCCCGCGAGGCGACAGCCCAGCUUCCCCCGGUGCAACCACCGGAAACGCUCACUCCCGCCGGUUCCGUUGCAAUCACCGUCGAACCAUCGCUACCACCCGCUACCGCCACCGAUCUCGAGCCUGAAUCAGGCGCAUCGGAAGCACCACCCGGGACGGACGGAGCAGCGGCAGCGCCAACCGGUGGAGCUGCCGUAACGAACGCUACCAGCAUCCUGCAGGUGUAUGCGGCGUACGAAACGGGCCUACCGAGCGGGACGUCGCUAAAGCUGCGCGUAACGCCCAAAACGAGCGCCCGCGAAGUGAUCGAUCUCGUGGUGAAGCAGCUCAACAUGGCGGUGGUGCUGAAGGGCCGCGAAGGACCGAUCUACAGCUCGGAGCGGUUGGACAACUUCUGUCUGGUGGCCGUGAUUGGUGCCCGGGAGCGUUGCCUGCGGGACGAUUUUCGCCCGCUGCAGCUACAAAACCCGUGGCGCAAGGGCCGGCUGUACGUGCGGCAGAAGCACGAUCUGCUGGCCGCUAUCGAGCAUUCCAACCGGGAUACGGCGGACAUUUAAAGGGCGGAAGGGCAAACGGCGCCAUUGCUCUGAAGUGUGUGAUAGUGCGAUUGACUAAGUUUUCCGAAUUUACAAUUCGUAUAGUUGUUGUUUUGAAAUUUUGUUACAAAAUUACCUUCCCCUCCCCUUCCCCCUCGCGGUCAGUAGCUUUAGGAAGCGACCGCGUAUGUGUGUCGGACUUGUUUGUAAAUUUGUUUGCACAGUUCUGUACAUUUUGUAAAACCCUAAUUAAUGUAGCGAUAGGAAACGGGAGGGAGGGGAUAGAGGUGGAAGGCAUGCAAUGGAAAUGUAUUGCAAGAAGGGCAUGACGCCCCUUUAGGACUAUUUUUACCAACUUGACUAGCAGAGAAAGGGAGAAGAGAACACGUGUUUUAGAAAUUGGGGAAAAAAUCAAAAUAUUAAAAACGUAGUGUAGUACCGUUUCAUCAGCUAAUACAAACAGACUCAGAGGCAAAGGUGUUAAUUAGCAAACCACAUACCAAAAAAAAAAAACAAACAAACCGAUAACGGCAGUUCCCCUUCCCUCGGGCGGUGCGGAAACGCGAGCUACGCGCAAACGCAAACGUGUUUUAAAUGCGCCUCCAACGCUCUAGGACGCGCCUGACGCCGCAAUGUUGGAAUGGUUUUCCCGAUGAAAUAGAUGGAAAACUAAAACCUAAAAAAUCAAUUACUCUCAAUGGAAAAGAUGAUAGAUGUUUUUAUUUUAUCCUUUUUAUACGCGAGAGUAGUACUAGUAGUAGUGGUUGCGUGAAGGAAGGGUUAGGGAAAAGCCGUGCGCAGCCAGUGCGCCAGUGGUAUGAGGGGGUGGUGCGAAUAGUAAUUAGGAGUAAAAUAUUAGAAAGGAGAGUAAUUAGCGGGUAAUACAAGUGUGUGUGUGUGAGAAUGUUUGUACACAUUGCGUAAACUAAUGCCAGUGAAUUGUGGGAGUAAUGUAGAGCUAUAUAUAUAGAUGAAAAUAGGGAGAACAAGGCAAAACAUCCUAUUUCCAUUCAAAACUGUUGGAGUGUGCAAUUGCGGUACGAACAGCUGUGUGGAGAGCAAGGAUUGUGGAGUUUUUUUUAAUAUUUAAAUAAUUAUCAUUAAUAUACCGAUCUCACAAUUCUGAAUCAACAUUUCACGCAAUAGACCAUUACAAUUAAGGGAUUUUUAUCAUCUACCAACAAGUAAAGUAAGAGACAUAACAUUCAUUUACUAUUAUCUCAUAGCCCCUUCACUCACACACCCACAAAUACCAAUAGGAUCGAGCUUAGUGUACUUUUUACCACCACCACCACCUCCAGCAGCGAAAGCUACAGGAACAAAGUAAUAUCAUACCGAUGGGCAACGGAAAGCAAAACCCCCGCCCGCCUAUAUGUACCUAUUUUUGUGGCCGAACGCCAGUGUUCCACACUCUACUAGAUAGACCAAUUGAGACAACGAUCUUUGCCAGAAUCGCAACAGCAUCGACCAGCAAUAGUAAGACAGCUUUGGAGACCCGUUUUUUGGCAAUCGCCUCCAGGCCCUCCUCCCGGCGGUCCGCUUGCGUAGGUAAACCAAUAGAAUUGAUCGAUUUUUUUAGUGAUAUUUAGAAGAAUUUUCAUUCAUGAAGUGCACCCAGGAUUGUUAAACAGGGAUGCGCAUGUGAGGAGGAUGGGGAAGCAUGGGGACAAUACGCUCAAGAGUAUCCGAUUUCAAAAGAAAACAUACACCAAUUACGCACUAGCGCAACACACGUACGGACAUCAUAUAUACGACAAAUUUGAUAUUAAUGUUGGUUGUUGAAAGUUUCAGGCACACGAGUGUGUGUGUGUGUGUUAUUUUGUUUUUUUUUUUUGCGUUGGCCACUUCUUCUCCAAGAAGAUAAAAAACGAAACCAAACCAACCGAGCUGAUGUUAGGAAUUCCAAUCGCUGGUUGAGCGAGCAUACUAGAAUGAUGAUGGUGAUAUCCUGGGCGCACGUGGUGCUUUGGAUACAAUUUCUCCAUAUAUAUGUGUGUGUUUGCAUGUGAGAGUGUUACAGGGUUUUCCAGGAGUUCUCAUAGCUGUGGGACUUUUAUUGACUCUUUCUUACGCGAAACGAACAAAAUGUAAUGGGAAUUGGGCUCUUGUGGGACAAAUCGAAUAGGAAUUUCAAAGGAGCCUGUGAAUCAUAUCAUAUGAAGUUCACUUCCCAUAGGAAAAAGUCAAGAAAGUGCCCCACAACUAAGAGAACCCUUGGCAAAUCCUGUUAGAUUGGAGAAACAAUGCAACAAUCGAUUAAUGAGACUAGCAGCAGCAGGGUAGUAGGAUUUUAGAAUGCAAGUACAUCAAUCCAUUUUGCUGAUAGCGGGGGAACAAACACACCAAAACACACGCUUAAUUAGGAGCCCGAAAAAGAAAACCCAAAAUAUCCAAAACCGAAUGAGACACGCGUGUGUGUGUUUGUAUAUUAGGGAGACGUAAUCAGCAUCUGAAAAACAGAAGGAAGGAUUAACGGAAAAUCAUUAACUAUUCAUAUGUGGUGUUAUUUAGUGUUGGCAUGGGGAGCGAAGACACAGAGCAACAAGCAGACACAUACUAGGCAAUUGAAAAUUGCGUUGAUAAAAAAGGGGCAUGAAGAUGGUGACACCGAAUGGUAACCAUGGUGAGCAAAAGCGUGAUGUGUGCCCGUGAACAUAGCUUCCCUUCCCGUCCCCCAUAAACCAUCCAUCGUGGUAAGAGGGGUAGGCUCUGGAGUGCACCGCAGUAGUAUCAGCUUUAAGGUGGAUGACGUUGCAUAUUGGCCAGGCAGACCUGGGUUGGUUCGUUCGGGUUCGUGUCUAGAUUGGUAACGAAAAUUGAGAGCUAUUUGAAGGUAAAACCGUGUCGUAUGUGUCCCACCGAGGGAAGAAAACUAGGAGAAAAAAUGCACCAGAAGAUUCUAUCCAUGUUGAUCAUA